UAACUAACAUUACAAAAAAUUCUCACGACAUUCAAUUCUCUGCCAUUUCCGCUUUCCACUUCAAAUUCCUCAACCCAAUUCCCUUCUCCAUUAUCUUCUGCAUUUCUUCUUCUUCUCACGCACUCUGAAUCUGGGGUUCAUUCUUAUGCAGCUGCAGCUUCUUUUCCGCCAUUUCUUCUCACUGGUAUGCUUCUCUUUCCCUAUUUAUGUCCUCUCUGCUUUAUCCUCCGAUGGGUUGGCUUUAUUAUCACUCCGAACCCACUGGACUUCCCACGCUCAUUUAAUCCCUAUUUGGAAUGCCUCCGAUUCCACUCCCUGUUCUUGGGCUGGGAUUGCCAACAUUUGUGAGAAACCACAGCCUUCGGUACAUAGAUGCCAGUGAAAAUAACCUGAAUGGAACAAUUCCCUCAAGUUUGGGAAACUGCAUCGAUGUCACCUCAAUUAAUUUGUCAAGCAACAAGUUAACAGGUGUUAUACCUAUAGAGUUGGGAAAUCUUGUGAAUAUUCAAGGUUUGAGCUUGUCUCACAACUUCUUGGAAGGACCUUUGCCAUCUUCCCUGUCAAAUUGUACCAAACUGGAUGAAUUUGAUGUAGGAUUCAAUUUAUUGAAUGGUUCCGUACCUCAUAGUUUAGGCAGCUGGAAAGUUAUAUCCACGUUGAUAUUAAAAGAGAAUCAAUUUACUGGAGGCAUCCCGGAUCUAUUAUCAGAAAUGGAAAGCCUUUCACUGCUAGAUCUUGGUGGCAAUUUGUUUGGAGGUGAAAUUCCCUCAUCUAUUGGAGCUUUGAAGAAUCUGUUCUAUUCCUUGAAUCUCAGUAACAAUGGGUUAACUGGCCAAAUACCUUCUGAGCUAGUGAGUCUGGUCAAGCUACAGGAGUUAGAUAUAUCUCACAAUAAUUUAACUGGAAGUUUAAGAGUUCUUGGCGAACUCGGUUCAUCGUUAGUUGAGGUUAACAUUUCAGAUAACUUCUUCACGGGCCCUGUGCCACAGACAUUAAUGAAGUUUCUGAAUUCUCAUUCAUCGUCGUUCUUAGGUAACCCUGGACUGUGCAUCAGCUGUGAUGAACUAGAUGGCUCAAGAUGCAAUAGAAGUAGCAGUAUCAAACCUUGUGUUAGUUCUUCAAGCUCUCGUGAUAGCUCUCGUCUUAGCAACAUACAAAUUGCAAUGAUAGCUCUCGGAUCUUCACUCUUUAUUAUUUUUCUGCUUCUGGGGUUGGCUUAUAAGUUUGUUUAUAGCAGAAGAAACAAGCAGAAAAUUGAGACCCCUGCAGAAAAUGGAACAACUUCCUUGCUGGACAAAGUUAGGGAGGCCACUGAUAAUCUAGACGAGCGUUUCGUCAUUGGUAGAGGAGCACAUGGAGUUGUUUAUAAGGCUUCCCUGGAACCAAAUAGGACUUUUGCUGUAAAGAAGCUUACAUUUGGAGGUAUUAAAGGAGGAAGCCAGAGUAUGGUUAGAGAAAUUCGAACAGUCGGCAACAUCAGGCACCGGAAUCUGAUCACUUUGGAAGACUUUUGGUUGGGGAAAGACCAUGGUCUUUUGCUUUACAGAUACCAGCCGAAUGGGAGCCUUUAUGAUGUGUUGCAUGAUAUGAAUCCAGCUCCAACUCUAACAUGGGAAGUCCGCCAUAAUAUAGCCACUGGUAUUGCACAUGGAUUGGCAUAUCUCCAUUAUGACUGUGAUCCUCCUAUAAUACACCGAGACAUCAAGCCGCAGAAUAUACUUCUCGACUCGGAGAUGAAUCCUUGUAUCGCCGAUUUCGGUCUUGCGAAGCUGCUGGAUCAAACUUCUGCAUCAAUGGCUUCAUCUUCUUUUGCGGGUACGAUCGGUUAUAUUGCACCAGAGAAUGCAUACUCAGCGACAAAGAGCAAAGCUUCAGACGUUUACAGUUAUGGGGUGGUCUUACUGGAGCUGAUAACGAGGAAGAAGCCAUCAGAUCCAUCAUUUAUGGAGGUAGGGAGUAUCAUGGGUUGGGUCUGGUCGGUUUGGAGCGAGACGCAAGAAAUCGAAAGAAUUGUUGAUCCAAGGCUUGAGGAAGAACUUGUAGAUUCUGAGCGGAGGGAGCAGAUUAAGCAGGUGCUUAUGGUGGCUUUGAGAUGCACAGAAAAGGAGCCUAACAAGAGACCUACAAUGAGAGAUGUUGUCAACCACUUGAUUGAUUCAAAGACGAGCCAUCACAUCAUAAAUGAAUAACCUCGUUUCUUGCUUCUCUUCAUAGCCAGUUUUGAUGAAUGCUCUAAUUUGAUCAUAAAACGACCAUUUCUUUCACGUGUAUGUAAUUUCCUAAGUUUUGGCAUGUAAAUAAAUACUUGUAAGCUCAUUUUCUCCUCUCUAGAUUUUUUUUUUUCCGUAGUAUUUAGUAAAUAGAUGUGGGGACGGGAGAUCAAACCUCCAUCCUCAAGGGAAGGAGCAACGUACCUUAACCACAAUGUUGUAUAUAUAUUUUGAAUGAAUUCGUGUAACUUUAAGAAGUGUAGUAAUUA